UGAGUCCAUGUUGUAUCAUAUUAGAUGAAAACUGAACCUUGUGUGAAGUCAUGCGUGACAUUCAUAAUAUUCAUGACAUUUUUUGGUGAUUUUGACAGAUUAUAUUUGCCUAUGUGUCUACGUCAGAUUGGGGGUAUAGUAGCAUUAUACAUCAAGAAUUUGGGAUAUGUAAGAAAACUGUUUGGAUUUUUACCUGUGCAAAAAUAUUAUUUGAUUUGUUACGUUUUAUAUUUUUGUUGAAUUGUUACGAUCAUAGACAAGUGUAAGAUUUUCCCAGGAUAUUUUUCAUUUACCUGAGGGUUUUUAAGAUUGGAAAAUAUAGUGAUUGGAGUAAGGUGAAUAGGAGUAUCACUUGUAAAGAUGAUGGUGGAUGUGUUGCCAACAGAGGUAGAGGAUUUUCAUCUCUCCUCUCCCUUCUUGUCAUCUGAUUCUGAGACAGAAGAUGAUUCCAAUGGUUCUUACAGAUACAACUUGGACAGCGACACCGAUAUGUCUCCUGACUCUCUGACUGGUCCCUCUGUCAUUGUGGUGCCGGAACCAGAAAUACUAUCAGAUCUCAAUAUCAAUAAGCUUCAUGCUUUCACUGAUGAUGAUGAGUGUAACCUUGACCUUGAUGAAGAGAACAGUAAAUGUGCAAAGUUUUAUGAAGAAUGGCGAGUAGACUGUCAGGUGAAUGAGCGAGUGUUCACAGAUUCUGAUUCAUCAGUCAGCGAGGAUGAAGCGUGCUAUGUCAGGCCGAAAAAACCUAGGAAGCGAGUUAGAUGGAGGAAAAAUGUUUUUUUGGAUGCUUGUGAACAACAAACAAAGAUCAAGGAAGAACCAAGAGAGAGACUAUAUUUACACAAUGGACACCAUGUGGCUGCCGAAGCCUUACUGUGCAUGGACUCACCUCAUGAGGAUAACAAAACCUUUCUUCAAGAUAUUCUCAGACAGAAUCAAAAAUCAACUUCCCUACCUCCUAGCCCUUCAGACAGUGGAGUGUCUUCAGACAUCGACAGUAACUGUGAUGAUAAGUCACGGAUACCCCCAGUGUAUUUACAGAGACAAACAUCAUCACCAGGCCCAUACAUUCCCCCUUUCUGUCAGAUGCCAGCUGGACAACUUCGACCUCCUCCUGCUCACCAACCUUUACCUGCACAUUUUAAUACUGCCACACACAUAGCAAUGAGACCAGAAGAAUCAAGAUACACAAACAGUCUGUUACCCUCCCCAUUACCACACAUGGGUAUGGAGAGUUGGGAAACCAGUUAUCACUCAUCCUGUCACUCACCAUCAACCAACACGCCUCCAAUGUCACCCAUUAGAAGUAAGGAUAAAAAAGGUAGAAAACCAAAGAAUUUAAUUGACUGUCCUAUAAAUCAACCAAAAAGAAAGAGAGAAAGUAGUACAACAUAUCUGUGGGAGUUUUUACUGCAGUUAUUACAGAAUCAUGAAACAUGUCCACGGUACAUCAAAUGGACCAAUCGGGAGAAAGGAAUAUUUAAACUAGUUGACUCAAAGGCAGUAUCCAAACUGUGGGGCCUACACAAAAACAAACCAGACAUGAACUACGAAACUAUGGGAAGAGCUUUAAGGUAUUACUAUGCCAGAGGAAUUUUAAACAAAGUUGACGGACAAAGACUAGUGUACCAGUUUGCUGAGGUUCCUAAACAAAUCAUUGAAAUUGACUGUAGUAAUGUUUGAAAGGAUUCUUAAUAUUAAAAUAAUUAUGAAGUGCCAUAAACGAAGUGUCCCGAUCACUGAAGAGAGCUUCAUAGACCUGUGUCUUGUCAUCAGUGUGAUAAUCUCAAGAAUUGUGAUAAAAGCAUUACAUGGCAGGUGCUUUCCCCUGUCACCAACCAACUUUUGACGGAGUGAAGAAAUCAGUUAUUUUGACCCUCAAACUGUGACAGUGUCAUGAUAGAAAUCAUUAUUAUGCUCUGCUGAAAUGUAUCUUACGAUAGGAACACCAUGUAGCCUAUCCCACUGAGGUGUACCAUGGGUGCCUUUUAUGUCGUAGCAAAAAAUCGAAUGUCACAUGACUCUCUUGUGAUCACCGUAAUGUGCUUUAUAAGUAUAUGUGCUCACAGACAAAUUAUCGAAUGUACAGACGUUGAAAGAAUUGUAUACUUUGUUGAGUUUUAUAUUGUUUUGUUGUCCAUGUUUUUGGAAAAUUAUUUAAAUGUUAACUGUAGUCAUAAAAUAGGAAUUUGUAUGUCAUUGGGAUGUGAAUAUUGACAAAAUGACAUGUGUCUUUUACAUGAAAUCCUCUUCAGGUGACAAAAAAUGACCCAAUAAAUUAUAAUUAUGCAGGUUUGAUUCGCCUGCGUAGUUACGAUGAUUUAUAACUCUGUUUAAACAUUCUUACGUAUAAAUAUCAAGGUUUAAAUCGUUCAACAAAUAAAGUAUAACCAUUUCCUCUUGUUUGAAGGAUAUCUCGUCAACUACAUCAGAAAUACAAGCAAGUCUUUGGCAGAAUGUAAAUUAGUGUUCAUUUGAACUUUGUUUAUAUGGAUCUAGGUCACAAUCUGGUUUUAUUAAAUGUUAAAGAUUUGUGGAAUUUGUUGAGGAUUUUUAAGUUUAUAUUGUUACAGGAUUUGAAUGAUAACUUUGUUAUGAUAUGUUGGUUUAAAACAAAAAAAAGGUCCUUUAUAUCAUGUAAAAACCAAACCCUACAAGACCGAAGAUUUUGUAUUGAUAAUACAAUUGUAUGUUUUAAUGCAAGUGUACAGGUUUUGAUUCCUUCUAUUUGUUUGUUUUUAAGUUGUUAAUGAAGUUUGAUCCAUUCCAUUCAAUUCAGUGCUGUUUAAAUUCUGAAAGAGUAAAAAUGACAAUACUUGUAAGGAAAAACUAAAUGACAAUACUUGUAAGGAAAAACUAAAUGACAAUACUUGUAAGGAAAAACUAAAUGACAAUACUUGUAAGGAAAAACUAAAUGACAAUACUUGUAAGGAAAAACUAAAUGACAAUACUUGUAAGGAAAAACUAAAUGACAAUACUUGUAAGGAAAAACAAAAUGAAUGAUAACAUUUAUUUCUUUUUUGAAAUCUGCUUUGGAAUAUCCAUACAGUCUCAAUGUACAUAGAAAACAGUCUGAUAUAUGCUUGCUUUAGGGCUGUUCCAUUUAAAUGGAUGUUGGAGGGUAGGUAAUUCAGAAAUUUGCUUACAUUAAAAUGGAUAUACAACUGUAGAUAACCUAAAACUCGUGUCCAAACAUGAAUUUCUCAUACUACCCUCCCCCAAUUAUUUUAUUAGAAUAGUCCUUAGUUGACUGUUGACCUUUAAUGUUUAAGAACAUUCAUUUUGUUGUGCUUCUGAUGGUAAAAUAGAACAGUGUCUAUUGAAGCAAUGAGUUAAAUUUUAAAGACCGUGUUUUAUGUUCAAGUAAAAUAACGAUAAAGUGAUUCUUAAAAGAUUGUAUGUCUACCAUUGAUGUUGUAGGCAGACCCCCUAUUAUCAUGUGAUUGUCUAUAUUAACGGAAGUAUUGUCAUGUUUACUCUUUUAUGCAUGGUUUGACCAAUCCUAUACAUUCCUCUAACCCGGACAUUUCCUACGGUUUUAAACAUGUUAUUUGUUAUUUUAUAAUUUCUUUUUAUGUGUGUGAUGUGUUAAAUUGACUAAUAGUAUAAUAUAUUUUGAAAUAUGUAUACAUGUGGUUAUGUUGGAAGUGAAGAAUGAAUCAGUUGUAAAAACAUCCUCGAGGGAAAAUCGUUUAUUUUUUAUUCAUGUGUGUUCAGUACAUUUGUCCUUAAUUUUUGUAAUUAUAAUUUUUUAAAAGCAUAAUAUAAAAGCAGGUACUUGCAUCACAAGAUUUAAAUGCCAAAGAUAGGGAUUUCCAAAGCUAUAUAAUUUUGUACCAGUUGACUUCUUUACAGUAUUGCUGAUUUCAUUAAUAUUUAAAACAUUUUUAAUCCCAAGGAGGCUUUUCAUCAUUUUUAUAAAUUUAAAACAAGAUGACAAAGGUUUUUUUAACUCUAUUCUGUUAUUUGACAUAAAUUUUAUACAUCUGUUCUUUGAGUGAUAUUUCUCAUGUGUGGUGUUUGAAUAGAAUAGAACUUCUAGUUUACUUUUUAGGAAAGACAGAGUUGUCUUUUCUUGCAUUUAAAAUUUUGAUGACAUCUUUUACAGCAUAACACAUAUAUUAACUUAGUUGGAAUUAAGAAUUAUGUUAUUUAAUAUGUAUUAUAAAUAUAGGAAAAAAAGAGAAUAAGGAUUAUAGAACAGAAAGAUUUAUAGAUUGAAAUACAUGUACUAAUUUAUUUUUAUUGAGGCGUAGGCAGAAACUUUGAUAAGAUUAAAAACACAAUAUUUCAAUUUUGUGAGGGAUUAUAGAUUUACUUCAUUGUAAGAAAGAUAAUGGUAUUGAUUUUUGUAUAUUCUUAACAAUUGAUUUUGUAUACAGUAUCUGCCUUUAAAAGCCAGGUUGGUAAAAGACUUAGAUUUAUUAUUCAUUACGAUCCUUGUUUUUAUCAGUGGAAAUAUUCUGAUAUUUUCCUGGUUACAAGAAAGUUUAUAUUUAUGAAAAUAAAUGCUACUCAUGGAUUUUGAUUUGAAUAAAUCUAUUUUAUAUGCUCAAAGGCAAUAAUAAAUCGUUUUAGGAAAAUCUACAUACAGUGUUGACCUGAUUUCAAAAUAAUUGAUUCUUAUGGGAAUAGAAACAAUAACAAUUCUUUUUUAGUACAUUUUUUUAAUAGUUCUUUCGGAAGAAAAACCCUGCUUUUUUUGGUUUAUCUUGUUUAAAGCAAUGCAUUUUUCAUGCUGUUAUGAGGUAUACAUUACAGUUAUUUCACAAGGUCAAUUAAAGACUUAUAACUCUCACAUAAGAGACCAACAUUUAAUAUCCCUCAGAGAAAGAACUCAUGACACAGGUAUAAAUAUUUACCAUUAUUCCAUGACGAAGAUCUGAAUUCCUAUGGCAGCUAUUAUAAUCACAACACUAAGAAUUAGUCGUAAAAGUAGCAGAUUAAUUGCAACAUUUGAUUUGAAUAAUUUCAUGUAUGUAUAAACCAUGCUAUAGGUUUUAGAAAAAAAGCAUUAUAUUUUUGCUGUUCAUCGUUUGAUAUAUAUUUAGACAAAGUUUUUAUGUAACCUGGUUUGCCUAUAUUCAGAACUCUGUAUAAAUAGGAUUGCCAGUUAACCUCAGCACACUCUGAUAUUUUAGAAGAUUUUAUUAAAACUUGUUUUAAUGAUUAUUCAACGAAUUUGAGAUGUGAUUAAAGAAUUAUUGUCAAAGGGAAAUAGUAGAUUUGAUAUGUAUUUGUAAAGUUUUAAGCAUAGAUGUCAGAGAAGUUUUAUAAAACAAAACUAUAUAAUUUUUAUUUCUAAGAUUUAUAAUCACAUGUUUUGCAAUUUUUACCGUUUUCUUUUAACCCUGACAUGAAGAUAUUUUAUAACAUUUACCGACACAAUUGUUUUACUCUUUGUCUUAACCUGUAAUUUUAAUCAGGUGUAUAGAUAUAUGGGCAUUAUUUAUGUUAUAUGUACAAGUCAGUCUUUCUCUGAAAUUUCUAAUCGUUACUUAAAUAAUUACUGAUCUUGGACAGAUUAGGUGGUCCAUUGUAAUCCAUUUUAUCAUGUCCACAUUUUGCUGAUUGCCAUUUUCAGUUUUCUUUUUAAAUUAACAGGAAAAAAAUUAAAGAUGCAAAUUUUGUUAUGGUGUAUGGAAGAAUGUUUAAGGAUUAAAGUAAAUCUGACAUUUUACUAUGUUUAAUGGCAGGGAGUAGCUUCGAAUAUAAAAGGGAUUGUGCAAUCUUUGAUGACUAACUGGAAAUGGCCAAUAAAUUUAAUUUGGGUUAUUCUUUGUAACAUGAAAAUACUUUAAUACUAUACAGACUUUGUACACAACAAAGAGGACGAAAAGGCAUAUACAAACUCUGGUAUUGUUGGGAGAAUGUUGAUUUUCAUAAUCAUUUAUAGAGAGUAAGAGAGACUGAAUAAAAGUUAUUACUAUUGUAUGAUGCUGAAGAUAAAGAUUAUAUAUUAUUGUGCUGUUCUUAUGAAUGUAAGAAAUGAAAAGAAAAAUGUGAUAUAAAUAUGAAAAUAAAGAAAUGAUAAAAAAUUA